AUGAAGCUCAUCUACAUUCUCGCCGCCACCCUUUCUGUCCUUUCCUUCACCUCGGCUGCACCAAUGGAUAAGCGAGCCAUCAGCAGUUGCUACAAAAACGCCUACAUCACACAAUACUGGAUUCCCAAAGAAGGCGACAAGGAUAUGACCAACAAUGGAAAGAUUGUCAGUCUCACCGGAUCCAAAACCAAAAGUCUCAAGACAUCGAAAGGAAAAGAAAUUGCCAAAGUAGCACCCAACACAUUCGACAAAUUCCAAAUGGAAGGCACUGGUUUGCUCCAAAACGGAAAGAUGGUCAAUCUUGAUGAUGGCGUCAGUAGUUUCAUGGAAGUCAACCGCAAGUCUUCUCCAUUCGGCCACGGAGGAUUCAACGACAAUAACCUUGUGCCCUGGGUCAGCAUUGCAGCAAACGACAUCAAAGCCGGAACAAAGCUGUACAUCAAGCAACUCGACGGCGUCAAACUUUCGAACGGCAUGACCCACAAUGGCUGUGUACGCGUCGACGACCGAGGAUGGAGUUUCAGUGGCUGCCAGAUCGAUUUCUUUGUUCUCCAGUAUACCUCUUAUACUUCCCUGACCAAAUUGCUGCCCAGCAAAGUUUCUGUGGUCGAGAAGAGCUGCACAAUUAAGAAUUAUGUCAACAGUGCUGUCAAAGACUGGGCUGUCCUGUAA